AUGGCCUACAUUUUAGCAGUCACACCUCUGCUCUCUAUUCCCUGGAAGAUUUUAAUGGGAUACAUUGCUGACCUGUGCCUUCAACCACCGGAGAAGUGUUUCGUUUCGUGCCCAACGAAUGCCACCGAAUUCAACGAAAUCGAUGUGAGCUACAUUUUUCAGAACACCUCCACCACUUGUCGCACACUCUGGAAUGGCACGUCUGGUUACCACAGCAGCGCCUGUCAGUUCAGGUGCCCUUGCACAGCAGGUUUGACAGAUCAACGAGUUGUCUGGUUCUAUGCCGUGUUUCAUGCCCUCGCGUCGUUGUGUUUGGGGGCUGUGGUUGUUAUAUCUGACGCCGGCGUUUCUGAGAUACUGGCUGAAAAUGUGAGGGACUUCGGAUGGCAGCGAAUGGGAGGGGCAAUCGGUAUGGGUGCCGCUGGUCCUAUCGUGGGAGCAAUAAUUGAUGAAGCCAACCGAUGGACGGGUGGACGAUCAGGCUACCUUCCAAGCUACUUUGUCUUUGCACUGGUCAUUAUCCUGGACAGUUUCCUCCUCUGUUGCAUGCCCACUCUUCGUAUGACCAAGCUAUCGGCAAACUUUUUCAAGGACAUCUCUACUGCGUUCAUUAAUGUCGAACUGGCCGUAUUCGCCUUCUGGACAUGCGCCUUCGGGGCCUGCAUUUCCAUCGCCAUAUCGUACAACACGUGGUUUUUGGAGGACAUAGGAGCCUCUAAACUGAUAAUCGGAUUAAUAUCCGCAGUCAGUUGCAUUUGCGUAGAACUGCCCUUCUUUUCUGCGUCCGCUUGCAUACUGAAACAAACGCGGUAUUAUCCCUCGUAUAUAUUGAUGUUCUUGAUCUUCGGUGUGAGGUACGUUGGAUGUGCCUUUCUCUACAACCCGUGGUUCGCGCUGCUCGUCGAACCCGUCACCGGGGCUGCAGUUCCACUCGGGGUACCCGCCAUGACUGUCUUCGCUAAAGAGGUGGCGCCGGAGGGUACCGCGGCAUCCGUCUUGUGCGUCCUCAACAUUUGCUACGAAGCCAUCGGGAUGUCGCUUGGUAACUUCGUCGGUGGGACGGCAUUCGCCGAAUUUGGAGGCCGGUGGAUGUUUUUCUACUUCGGUGUGUUCGCGGCGGGAUGCGCUCUCCUGUGCCUCGUAUCACGCGUACUUGUGCAAAGGAGGACUUCGAGGCAUGGAGUCAUAACGCAGCCAACGCUGAAGAGGAGCCGAGACGAGGAGAAGAGGAACUUGCCUUCUCCUUGUGUUCGGUUUGGUUAGUGGAAAGCGUGGAGGACUUCGCGCGUGGAGCGACCGACAGCCAGGCCUGGUUUCUUCGACAAAAGGCCCGAACCAGGACUGGCUGCAAGUUUCCGGCAGACCCUCCGGACAAAGCCAGAUGCUCUCAAGGCAGCGGAGGAACGUGCCGGUGUUCUCCCUACGUUCCGUUAAUUGACAAUAUUUACGCCAAUUGGAUGAUUCUGAUCGGUCCUCAAAAGGUAACAUAAAGAAAAAAGAAGACAAAGAAGAAGACGCAAACUCACUUGCAGCCAAGUGUGUUCUUCAGGAAGAAGCCGUGAGGCACACUACACAAAAGACACUAAAGGCGAAGUGCACACCGUUGAAGUGCACUAAAAUUAGCCUUUCUGACUGGGGUAUAAGAUACCACUACUGGCUCAACACAUUGAACUGAGUUAGACUGAAGUGUGCUCGAGUAUUCGUUGUAAAAAUUGCUGCUUUUGUUUAUAUUUUUCUUU